AGUCUGGUCAACAACAUUUCUCCUGGAGGACUCACCAGCGAACUUCACCGACUCUCUGCACUUUAGAACACCCGACAUGGAUGCCCUCAAGUCGGCUGGGCGAGCUAUCAUCCGGAGCCCGAGCAUGGCGAAGCAGUCGUGGACCUCCGGCAGACACAGAAUCUCUCAAGAGAACUGGACUGACACACGGGAGACCAUCUUAGAGGGUAUGACCUUUAACCUUCGUCACCUUGGCAUGACACUAGUGGACCAGCCCAGGGGAGAGGACCUGUCAGCUGCUGCUGUGAAGAGGAUUGUCGCCACGGCCAAAGCCAGUGGGAAGAAGCCUCAGAAAGUUGCUCUGAAGGUUUCCCCUCAGGGAAUCGUGCUGUACGACAGCUUGAACAAUAAACUCCUGGAAAACGUCUCCAUAUACAGAAUAUCCUACUGCACAGUGGACAAACUGCAUGAUAAGGUGUUUGCUUAUAUCACUCAAAACACCCUCAACGGGACCCUGGAGUGCCACGCCUACCUCUGCCCCAAGAGGAAAGUGGCUCAGGCAGUGGCUUUGACAGUAGCUCAGGCCUUCACAGUAGCUUUUGAACUCUGGCAAGUGGCAAAAGAAGAGAAAGGGAAAAGGGUAAAGUCUGGUUCAGCCGGAGAAGGCAGCAGUAGUUCCCGUUCGGAGAGAUCCAACAGCCUGGGGAGCCUGAAAGGGACAGAUGCUGCCACACACAACCUGUUGGACAUUGAGGACAGUGUGAAUGUUGCAGUGGAGACCAAUGGGAAUACAGAAGAGGAUCAGCUAGACAACCACCAGCCCUCUGAGACAAAUAACAACCCCGCCUGGGAAUUAGAGGAUGGUUUGGAUGAAGCCUUCUCCAGACUGGCAGUGUCGCGUAGUAACCCCCAGGUCCUGGACAUUGGGGUGACGCCCCAAGACUGGCUCACUGAACCCAACUGGGACAGCACCAAUGGAAACACUCCACACGGCCUCAGCCCAUUCGGGGACGAUAUCUUCGGCUUCUGAUCAACACAAACACAGCAGAGAGAGAGAGAGCGAGAGAGCGAGAACAACUAGGGGGAGGAGGGGUGUCCUCGUGUCUUCCUAUGAAUUAACAAGGCACCACUGUCACUGUGUAUUUAAGAUGAGGAUGCAGUAAAUCCAUAAGGGAAUAAGUGUAGAACUGUGAGAUUACAUUUGGCCACUUCACCUUGUUGUUGCCUUCUUCACAUGGACAAUUCUUCCCUUCUUUGUGGAAACGGCACGGGCUGCUGCCCCUGCACACCAAAGCAAUAAUAUCUUCUUUUGAGGUUACUGAGUCUGUCCUGUUAAUACACUGCAAACAUCCUUACAAACGUGUGUAUGUACGUUCACCAAGUCAUGUACGUUAGCAUUUGUUGUCUUUUUGUUUACUUAAAAUCUUCUGUUUCGGUAGUUUUGGGAUCAUAAUCAGUGUUUUGUAUAUGUGUUUAGUUAUAAUUUAUAGUUUUAUAUAUAUAUAUAUAUUUUUUUUUUUUAUGGUUGAAGACAAGCAGGAUUUAAUUCAGACUGAUGUGCAGACUAUCAACAGGCCUUAAUAACAGCAGGACAAUCAGCGACGCUUCAUCUUUCAGUUGUUAAUGUACAGUAUCAGUGGAUUUAGUUCAUGUGAGGAUUUGGCCUCACCACCUUGGAUGCAAACUGAAGAUUGUUUUACUUCUAUAAUAAUCUGAAAAUCACUCUAGUUGUUGUAUUUAUAUGAAAUCUACAGGUGGCUCAUUCAAGACGGUUUGUUACAGGUGUUGAAUGAAGCCCAGAUGUGCUCACAUUCCAGUGUGGCCAUAUCAAUGUACAUUAUAAUCAAUCAGUAUUGUAUAGAAU